GUCGCCGGCAGCGCGGCAUCAUUGCUGUAGGAAACAUGGCGGCGCGCACCUGCGUGCUUCUCGCCCUCGUCUGCGCGUGCGCAGCUCGCGAGUGUAUCGAACUCACUAUCGCCGACGAUAACAUAUUUUCAAGUACUAUUUCAAAUGGGACGAUUUUAAAAGUUGCCGCUCAUAAUGAAUCCUAUGAGUAUUCGAGGGUUAAUAUACUCGAUCUAUGGGAUAGGUUCCCGAGGAUCAUGGUGCCGGUUAAUGGGACGAGCGAACAGUGUCGCCGGGACAGCAGACUGUUUUACGACAGCCUCGACAGGUUGGAGUUAUGGGCGUUGAAAAUGUUCGACGCGACAGCAAAACCACCAUCCGGUAUACUGAGUGGCAAUGGCAACCAAUAUGGCGACUUUGACGAAUGUUUGGGCAUAGACGGUGCGGUACGUGGUAAAUACUGUCUGGCGUACUUGCAAGUGGACAUCGGAGGUGAAAAAGGCUAUGAUGAAUUGGACACACUAAUACAUAGCGGGCAUUAUCUUAAAAGUAAUGUCACAGAUAUGGGUCACCGUCUUCCAAGAUACUCCAGCAUUCUAUGGGGAGUUUGCAUGCCAAGCUCAUGCAGCAGCUUCGACUUAGAAGACGAGCUAUCUCAUAGACUGCACGACCUCGGUAUAUCUGUGAAAGUUCAAAAUACAAUGUGCACUGUGAAAAACGUUAAACGACCGUAUUCAUUCGGAAAGUCCUUGGCGAUAACAUUUUUCCUGGCGAUAAUCCUAUUGUUGAGUCUGGGAACAAUGCUUGACGACGGAAAGGAAGGAACAACUAACUUUGAGAAGUUACUUAAUGCGUUUUCGCUUAAACGUAAUUUAAGGAAAAUUUUCGACUUAUCCGAUUCGCCGACGAGAGUGAAAGGGGUGGAUGCAUUUAGGGGAAUUAAUGCAUUUGCGUUGCUUCUAGCUCAUAAGUCUAUGGCGAUGGCUCACAGUCCUUACACUAACAAGACCAGCUUUUCUGAGGUGUUUGGAAUGCCUUGGGCCGUGAUCGGGCGUUCAGCGAUCGUGUAUACCGACAGCUUCUUGUAUCUAAGCGGGUUCCUUAACGCUCACAAUCUUCUUCAGGACUUGGAGAAGAAAGGAACGAUUGACUUCAAGAACAGACUUCUGGCCAGGUGGUUCAGACUCUUCCCAAUGUUCCUGAGUUUAAUGUUAUUCUGCACAUAUAUCCUGCCCGACAUAAAUAACGGACCCCAGUGGAACCUCGUGGUCGAGGAGCACAGCCGUGUCUGCGAGAAAAACAUGUGGAAAAGUUUUCUAUUCAUACAUAAUUACUUCGGCUUCGAGGAAAUGUGUUUGACCCAUACUCACCAAAUUGGAAUGGACAUGCAACUGUACGUAGCGACGCUACCUCUGAUGUUCGUUCUCUGGAAGUCGAAACGCUUGGGCCUCGCACUUAUCUUCGGUAUAUCAGUGAUUUCAACAGUUUUGAGAUACUUGGCUAUACACUGGUACGACAUCAGCAUGUUCGUGUACUAUGGAAUAUCAGUUCAAAAACUUCUGGAUGCAGCAAGAUUUUCAUACAUUCUGCCAACUCACCGCGCUACGAUCUACCUCAUCGGUGUGAUUAUGGCCUAUUUCAUGAAAUCCAAGAAAUCAUUUGUAAAACUCAGUGAUAAUCAAGCGAGAUUACUUUGGGCGACUUGCUUCGGACUGGCCACAUACACAAUCGCCAGUCCGUACAAGAUGGGUCUGGAGGGCUACGAGUACGAGCACUAUCCCGCGGCGAUGUUCGCUGCAUUCACCCCGAUUCUAUGGGGCUUGUUCAUGUGCCUCGCUCACUGGUGUAUUUGCAAUGAUUAUGUUGGUUCAGGAACAGCAUUCGUCGAGUCAUGGGUGUUUAAAUUUUUCAACAAAAUAGCGUACGCGGUAUACCUGUCCCAGUUCCCUAUAUUCUUCUACAACGUCGGAAUCCAAAGACAUUCCGAACAUUAUUCGCCAAUGCUUCUUUUCCACAUACCGGAAAUGGCAACCGUGCUGGUUGUAUCAAUAAUAGCAACAGUGGCAAUAGAGAUGCCUUUCAACCAAGUGUAUAGGAUAUAUUUCGGUAAAUCACAGACAAAAUUAAAGGACAAGUGAUGACAAAGACAAAGAUUUACUGUAAUAUAAGAUCUUAAAACCAAACAUCACGUAAUUAAUAAGUUUAUAUUAAUGUUUUGUGUAUUUUUUACGUUAUGUAAUAAUUAAUUAUAAGAUAGAUAGAUAUAUUUUGUAAGAUAAAUAAACGAUGGCUAAAAUUA